UUGGACUUUGGGGGAUUGUGGGAGAUGGAGUCCUGGCUGGGAAAUCCGUCCGACCUCACAAUGGCCCCUUGGCGGUGGAGCGUGGCAUUGUGGGAGGGCGCCUGGUGUCCCACGUCUCCCAAUGUCGCAAAGCAGAGAAGAGGAGGAACCGGCCGAAUCGGAUGAGAAAUCCGGUCGAGAAGAAGAAGGCGAAGAAAGGAAGGAGGAAGAGGAGGAGGAGAAGGAGCUGAGGGCCAGUGUGGAGGAGCCUAGUCCUGGGCCACCUCCUCCUCCUCCUCCUCUGCAGAACCCGAACUCGGAACCGGGCCCCAAGCAAGAGAGCUGGCUCUGGAACUGGCUCCCCUUCCCACUCCUUUCCGGGUUCACCUGGUUGGGAGACAGGCCCAAGGCCCCCCAGGAACCGGUCUGCUGCCGGACGGAGGGGAAGCGGCCUUCCUCCUCCUCCUCUUCCUCCUCGGUGGCCGGGAUGUGUCCGGACUGCGAGGUGACCUUCUGCCCCAAGUGCCGGACCCUCCACUACAGCCGGGGCUUCAUUGAGCACGGCCUGCUGGGACACCCGCCCCUGGGGGCCCGGAGCCCCUCCAACAGUGCAGGAUCCCUGGACGUGACCACCGCGGCCGAGGAAAUGGAGGCUGAGGAGGAAGCGAAGGGGCCGUGACAAGAAGCCGUUGGCCUCUGGACAACAAUCAUCUCCGCCUUUCGGUGGUGGAGGUCCUCCACUUUACCACGUUUCAAUAAACUCCCACGUUUCCCGUCCCGUU